ACUUCAGGACUUGCAUUUGCCAAGCCUUUACAAACGUAUUUCCGUGCAUUUACAGGUUAUUUUCUCUUCUGAAAAUGAAAUCUUGUUCAAAAGAACAGUGUUGACAGUGCACCCUCUGGACGCUGACUUUAACAGGAAGGCCUUGGGGAACACAGAGAUGCUUUUCUCUGCAGAACAGAGUCUGGAAGGAGUCUAAGCCAGCCUGGAAGUUCCAGCCCUUUGUCCAGUCACGAACAUUGGCUUAUAUACCUGCCUCCGUGCCUCAGCCAGAAUUUGAACUCAUAUCAAGAUUAUCUGAAGAACAACAACCCUCUGGACAGCCACUGCAACAUCAUGGCCAAAAACAAAGAACCUACUGUCAGAAGCUUCCAUUUUGUUUGUGUUAUGACUGUAAUAGUUGGAACCAUAAUCCAGUUGUCUGAUGAAAGUGAAUUUGCAAUAAAUAGGUCAAAAAUAGGCCUUACUCACGUUCCAAAAGACCUGCCACCAAAAACCAAAGUCUUAGAUAUGUCUCAAAACAACAUAUCUGUGCUUCAGAUCUCUGACAUCAGCUUUCUGUCAGGGUUGAAAGUUUUGAGACUUUCCCAUAAUAGAAUCCAGCGACUUGAUUUUAGUAUUUUCAAGUUCAAUCAGGAUUUGGAAUAUUUGGAUUUAUCUCAUAAUCAGUUGCGAAAGAUAUCCUGCUAUCCUAUUGUGAGUUUCAAGCAUUUAGACCUCUCAUUCAAUGACUUCGAAGCCCUGCCCAUCUGUAAGGAAUUUGGCAACUUGACACAACUGAAUUUCUUGGGAUUAAGUGCUAUGAAGUUACAACAAUUAGAUCUGCUGCCAAUAGCUCACUUGCACCUAAGUUAUAUCCUUCUGGAUUUAGGGAAUUAUUAUGUAAAAGAAAAUGAGGCAGAAAGUCUUCAAAUUCUAAAUACAAAAACACUUCACCUUGUUUUUCACCCAAAUAAUUUAUUCUCUGUCCAGGUGAACAUAUCAGUUAAUACUUUAGGGUGCUUGCAACUGACUAAUAUUAAAUUGAAUGAUGAGAACUGUGGAGUUUUAAUUAAAUUUUUAUCAGAACUCACUAGAGGUUCAACCUUACUGAAUUUUACCCUCUCUCACAUGGAAACAACUUGGAAAUGCUUGGUUAGAGUCUUUCAGUUUCUUUGGCCCAGAUCUGUGGAAUAUCUCAAUAUUUACAAUUUAAUAAUAGUUGAAAGCAUUAAUAAAGAAGACUUUAUGUAUUCUAAAACAACAUUGAAAGCAUUGAAAAUAGAACAUGUUACCAACCGAGUCCCUCUUUUUUCACAGACAGUAUUAUACAGAGUGUUUUCUGAGAUGAACAUUAUGAUGCUAACCAUAUCAGAUUCACCUCUUAUACACAUGCUUUGUCCUGAGGCACCAAGCACAUUUAAGUUUUUGAACUUUACCCAGAAUGUUUUCACAGAUAGUAUUUUUCAAAAUUGUACCACGUUAGUUAGAUUAGAGACACUUAUCUUACAAAAGAAUGGACUAAAAGACCUAUUCAGUGUAGGUCUCAUGACUAAGGAUAUGCCAUCUUUGGCAAUACUGGAUGUUAGCUUCAAUUCUUUGGGAUUUGAUAGAUAUAAGGAAAAUUGCACUUGGGUUGAGAGUAUAAUUGUCUUAAAUUUGUCAUCAAAUAUACUUACUGACUCUGUUUUCAGAUGUUUACCUCCCAGGAUCAAGGUACUUGAUCUUCACAGUAACAGAAUAGAGAGGAUCCCUAAAGAUGUCACCUCUCUGGAAGCUUUGCAAGAACUCAAUGUUGCUCUCAAUUCUUUAACUGACCUUCCUGGAUGUGGCGCCUUUAGCAGCCUCUCUGUACUGAUCAUUGACCAUAAUUCGGUUUCCCAGCCAUCCACUGAUUUCUUCCAGAGCUGCCAGAAGGUUAGGUCAAUAAAAGCAGGGAACAAUCCAUUCCAAUGUACCUGCGAGCUAAGAGAAUUUGUCAAAAAUAUAGGCCAAGUAUCAAGUGAAGUGGUGGAGGGCUGGCCUGAUUCUUAUAAGUGUGACUACCCAGAAAGCUAUAGGGGAACCCCUCUAAAAGACGUUCACAUGUCUCCAUUAUCCUGCAACACAGCUCUGCUGAUGGUCACCAUUGGGGCCACCACGCUGGUGCUGGCCGUUACCGUGACCUUCCUCUGCAUCUACUUGGAUCUGCCCUGGUAUCUCCGGAUGGUGUGCCAGUGGACCCAGACCCGGCACAGGGCUAGGAACAUACCCUUAGAGGAACUCCAGAGAACUCUCCAGUUCCAUGCUUUCAUUUCUUAUAGUGAACAUGAUUCUGUCUGGGUGAAGAAUGAGUUGGUGCCUUGCCUAGAAAAAGAAGAUAUACGGAUUUGCCUCCAUGAGAGAAACUUUGUUCCUGGCAAGAGCAUUGUGGAAAAUAUCAUAAAUUGCAUUGAGAAGAGUUACAAGUCCAUCUUUGUUUUGUCUCCCCACUUUGUCCAGAGCGAGUGGUGCCAUUAUGAACUCUACUUUGCCCACCACAAUCUCUUCCACGAAGGAUCUGACAACUUAAUCCUGAUCUUGCUGGAGCCCAUCCCACAGAACAUCAUACCCAGCAAGUAUCACAAGCUGAAGGCUCUCAUGGCACAACGGACUUAUUUGGAAUGGCCCAAGGAGAAGAGCAAACAUGGACUUUUUUGGGCUAACAUUAGAGCUGCUUUUAAUAUGAACCUAACACUAGUGGCUGAAAAUGAUGAUGUGAAAACUUAAAAAAAACAGAAUGUCCAAUUUAAGCAACCCUUAUUAACUUGGAUUCUGAUGCAGACUAUUGUUCUAAGUCACUGUUUGGGGGUACCAACAUCAUCUGCAUGCCUUCAGGAAAGACUUAAUGAAAACUGUGUUUCAACUGGGGAAUUAGGGUGGGGCAGGAGGUGGUGCUCAACUUGCCAAUUAGAGGCAGCUCAGUGUUUUCUGGCUUAAUCAUUCUUUUUCAAAUUGAAACCAUCUCUUUUGAGCAAAUGCUCAUUCUUUCAAGGGUUCCCCUCUCCUUUCCCGAGUGGAUUCUGUGUGAGCAGGAAUUUAUGUGCCUUGAUGGCAGCAAGGCAACCGGCGACCUCAGGAUUGUACGCGCCGGUUGUUGGGGUGUCCUGUGGAUCCCCAGGGGGCUCUGGAUGAAACUGAUCAUUCUGUUCAACUUUGGGGCUUGGGAGAAAAUUAGCUAUGGAAUAUAGAAAAGUAUUUUGUUUUAUAUCUGUGUAAAAGUUUAUGUAAUUUUUUACCCUGCUACACAAAUAUGUAAUUAACCAGUGGGACUCAUGGCAUAAUAAGGUACAUGUAUAAAGGGAAAUACAGACUUCGUCAUAGGUUAUUGAGGUGAAAGACAAGGAAACUCAGAGCCAAAUUUAUUUGUAACUGAAUAAUGAUUGGGACUUUCCUGAUUGUGUUAGGAUUUUGGCUAAAACCCAAAAGCUGUCAAAAGACAGUAAAUGCUCCCACAUUUUAAACAGAGAUACUGGACACAGCCCACAGAACUUACCAAGGAAGAGACUGGUAACUAUCAAUCUGUAUUACCCAUCUCCACAAGACAGGAUUCAAAAUGGUGAUUAAAGAGUCAUUAAGUGGAGAUUCUAGACCUGCGGUCCCCAACCCCAGGCCAUGGCCCAGUACCAGUCCGUGGCCUGUUGGAAAACAGGGCUGCACAUCACCGCCUGAGCUCCGCCUCCAUGCCCUCCCCCGUCCCCCCACCAUCCAUGGAGCAAUUGUCUUCCCUGAGACUGGUCCCUGGUGCCAAAAAGGUUGGGGACUGCUGUUCUAGACCAUGGGGAGAUUGCUUUGCAUUUCUUCCAAAGAGGGCUCCAAGCAUAGUAGAAAAGCAGCCUGGUAUCUACUCUGAGACUGGAAGCUUGCAGAGUAACAGAAGUGCACAGUCUCAGUGUAGCAGAAUGGGUGUGGGGUGAGAGCUUUUGAAAGAGCUUGAUGAGUGUCUACUGAAGUUUGGGGUGGGGAUGGGCACUGUGACAUAGAGACUGGUGAUAGGGCUUGGCAAAUAUAGGUGCUUGGUAAGUAUUUGUUGAAUGCUUGCCAGCUGAAGAUUCAGAAGGUGAGAGGUUGGCUUGGGCAGCCCAAAGGGGCGGGAUGAGAGAAGGGAAGCAGUGACUGCAACCUGCCUUCCAUUGUUGGCGUGGCAGAAGUACAUGAAUUUUUUCACAUGGCCUCAACCAUGGAAAGGAUAGCUGGGCUUGAGUUGUCAUGAUGGGACCUCAGCAAAUCAAGCAGCCUGUUGUGCAAAGGGAAUAUAGCAGUAAGAGGCCAUGGGGUCAGGCAGAAGAGGGUUAUUGCAGGGAGUGGGGAAGGGAGAUUGCUUCAAGAGGUCAGCCAGAUAAUGUGCCAUUAGCACCAAGGAACUGUGCAAUGUGGGGUCCACCCCAUGACAGAGCCAGUGUGUGGGCUCUGCCACAACAGGAGGACGGGCGUGAUGGCCACUUGCCUUAUCCAAUAUUAACUGCAGGCGGAUUUGCUCUUCUUUGUGUAACCCCCUCUUCCCCUGCAGUGGCCUGGGGACAUCCAGGAUAUAGAGAAGACAGAAGAUGGAGGAAGAAUAAAUAAACUGACCACAUUCAUUCCUCACUUCACUGCAAGAAAGGCCUGAGCUAGGGCCAAGCAGAAUUUUGAAUGAGAUGUGCGAUUGCUCUUAGGUUGGAUUGGGCUGGACAUUUCAGUGCCUGAAACAGAGGUGCAGUUACUAAGAUGAGACAUCUCACUAAAAUUUAUGGCAUCUGCCCAGGAUUCAGGAGUGACAGAGGGAGAUCCAAAAGAACCUGGUUGUCAGGCAGUGGAUAGAGAAAAAUAAAGCCCUUUCUUUCUGGAUUUAGCUCAUUUAAUCAAUUAGUUUCAUAAUGAAUAAUUGUAAAUAAAUAAGCCUUAAAGAUA